AUGAAACCACUGUGCUUGAUCUUGGGCCUUUCGGCUCUUGUAGUAUGUUUCCCGCCUGGUGAGAGUCAAAGAGGCCCCAGAGGACCACAUCCACCUGAACCACAGCCACCUCCUCCUCCUCCUCUACCAUCUUUUCCUUUUGGUGCAGAACUUGUUCCAUCCCCUCCUCCACCCAAUGGUCCAGGGAGAAUUCCACCACCCCCUCCUCCUCCCCUUCCUCCUCCUCCUUAUGGCUCAGGUUAUCCAAAUCCACCUUUCUAACCAACCUAUCCACCUGGACCUCCACUGUUCCCUGGAUAUCCUUCAAUUUAUCCUCCUUUCUUUACCUCUGCAUCCCAAAUACAGCAACGGACUCCACUACAACCACAACAGACCCCACUAACCCCACAACUACUGCUUCUACUACUCAAAAUACAACUAUGA